AUGAAGCUGUACUGCCUGUCAGGACAUCCAACCUUACCAUGCAACGUACUCAAGUUCAAGUCUACCACCAUCAUGCUGGAUUGUGGACUGGACAUGACGUCCACCCUCAAUUUCCUCCCAUUGCCACUGGUUCAAAGCCCCAGGCUGUCCAAACUUCCUGGAUGGGUUUUGAAAGACGGAAGCACAUUUCUGGACAAGGAACUAAAGGAGUGCUCUGGCCAUGUGUUUGUAGACUCUGUACCUGAGUUCUGUUUACCAGAGACUGAGCUGCUUGACCUCUCCACAGUAGAUGUAAUCUUGAUCUCCAACUAUCACUGCAUGAUGGCAUUACCCUAUAUCACAGAGUACACAGGAUUCACUGGAACAGUGUAUGCCACUGAGCCCACUGUUCAAAUUGGCAGACUUCUCAUGGAAGAAUUGGUGAACUCUAUUGAACGUGUGCCAAAGGCUCAGUCUGCCUCCAUGUGGAAGAACAAGGAGGUACAGAGAUUACUUCCAGCCCCUCUGAAGGACGCAGUGGAGGUGUCUAUGUGGAGGAAGUGUUACACCAUGCCAGAAGUGAAUGCAGCACUCAGCAAGAUCCAGCUGGUGGGAUAUUCUCAGAAGAUUGAACUAUUUGGUGCUGUGCAGGUCACUCCUCUCAGCUCAGGCUAUGCUCUUGGAAGUUCCAAUUGGAUUAUCCAGUCCCACUAUGAAAAGGUUUCCUAUGUUUCAGGAUCUUCUCUACUUACAACGCACCCUCAGCCCAUGGACCAAGCUUCUCUGAAAAACAGUGACGUUCUUAUCCUGACAGGUCUUACACAAAUCCCUACAGCUAACCCAGAUGGCAUGGUAGGAGAGUUCUGCAGCAACUUGGCUAUGACUGUCCGGAAUGGAGGAAAUGUGCUGGUUCCCUGUUACCCUUCUGGAGUGAUCUAUGAUCUGCUGGAGUGCCUGUAUCAGUAUAUUGACUCUGCUGGGCUCUCCAAUGUCCCUUUUUAUUUCAUCUCACCUGUUGCCAACAGCUCCCUUGAGUUCUCCCAGAUAUUUGCUGAAUGGUUGUGUCACAACAAACAAACAAAGGUUUAUCUUCCAGAACCUCCCUUUCCCCAUGCUGAGCUCAUUCAGACAAACAAGUUGAAACAUUAUCCUAGCAUCCAUGGAGAAUUCAGCAAUGACUUCAAGCAGCCAUGUGUCGUGUUCACUGGACAUCCGUCCCUUAGAUUUGGGGAUGUGGUUCAUUUCAUGGAGUUAUGGGGAAAAUCUAGCCUGAACACUGUUAUCUUCACAGAACCUGAUUUCUCUUAUCUGGAUGCUCUGGCUCCUUAUCAACCUUUAGCAAUGAAAUGUGUUUACUGUCCCAUCGACACAAGACUGAAUUUUAUUCAGGUGUCUAAAUUACUUAAAGAAGUCCAGCCUCUCCACGUAGUUUGCCCAGAGCAGUACACUCAGCCACCACCCACCCAGUCUCAUCGCACAGAUUUGAUGAUAGACUGCCAGCCUCCUCCAAUGUCCUACCGCAGAGCAGAGGUGCUGACUCUGCCCUACAAGCGGCGCUACGAGAAGAUCGAAAUCAUGCCAGAACUUGCAGAUUCUCUUGUGCCCUUGGAGAUUAAGCCUGGUAUUUCCUUAGCAACAGUUUCUGCUGUGUUGCAUACUAAAGACAACAAGCAUGUGCUGCAGCUCCCUCCAAAACCUCCACAACCCACUGCUGGCAAGAAGAGAAAGCGAGUGAGUGAUGAUGUUCCAGAGUGUAAACCUCUGAAGCCACUGCUGAGCGGCUCCAUUCCUGUGGACCAGUUUGUGCAGACUCUUGAGAAGCAUGGUUUCAGUGACGUGAAGGUGGAGGACACAGCCAAGGGCCACAUCGUGCUCCUCCAGGAGGCAGAAACCCUCAUCCAGAUCGAGGAGGACUCCACCCACAUUAUCUGUGACAACGAUGAACCUUUGAGGGUGAAACUGCGUGACCUGGUUCUCAAAUUCCUGCAGAAGUUUUAG